AUGCUCUCCGAUCUCCACCUCCCUUUCGGGGUCGACGAAGCGAGGAUGUCGGACGCUCCCUCUCCACAGUUUCGGUGGCCCGCACUCCGCACGCUCAAGUACACAGGCUCGUGGGAUCAGGUGGGGAUGCCACUUCCCCUCAAGCAGCGCCUCGGUCGUGCGAUGCACCUAGUAGUGUUUUCACCCACCUUCUAUCUGGAUGCGGAAACUCUCAACGUUCCAAGCUGGUCCCCGGACCUAUUGAACCACUACUGCUGCACACAUCCAGAAGAACUCUUUGAAGUGGUUUCAGAGACCAACCCUAUCGCGCUGUCGCUCUCUUUCGAUCUGCAGGCGCAGCAUACACCUGACCCCUCGCCACGCCUCAUGUUUUGGACCGAGAUGAGCAGGUUGCGCUCUCUAGAUCUGUCGAUCUCUGCCGAAGACUACGCCUUCGUUCAAACCACACUCCAGUGCCAGCUCCCCGUAGUCCUCACUGUGCUCCCACUCGUCCACCUCGGGCUCGAGAUGCCCUUGAUGCCUUGGUUUCUUCCGGAUUACCUCUUCCAUCUGGACGAACUCAGGGGAACCGAGGACAUCCUCGCCCAGGAACUCGCGCGGGCGGGCGCGCUCAGCGCGGUCGCCGAAGAGCUCCCGCGAGCGAUUCCGUCGCUGCGCGUCCUCAUGGUGACGCCGUGCAGGUCCAGCCUCCCGACGGCGCGGGACCUCGAAGGGAUCCGCUCAAUGUCACCCGGCGAGAGACGAUCAGAGGCGACGAAGGAGAUACGGCAGCGCACGACGGUGGGCGGGCGGAACACGCGGUGGUGCUGGAUCGAGAGGGGGUCCGGGAGUGUGCCACGCGUUGUGUUCAUAGGCACAGACUCGGGGGAACACGACGAAGUGGAAUCUGGAUGCACCAGGGAGGCUGAGGGUGGAGGACCUUGCGUGUGUCAUUGGUGA